AUGCCUUCGGCGACAAUGGCGUCGGUGAUUUUGGCAAUGGCCAAUUCGCGAUCUUCCUCCUCAGCGGGGGACAGAGGCAGCCUUGUAGUAGCAAGGCUGAGACAUGCAAGGGCGUGGGCUUCAGGAGUCCUCAAGGGCGGACCCAAAUUAACAGCCUCAAACGCAGUGAUGUGCUCACCAACGUGGUUGUUUCGCGCGAAGGGAGAGUUAACUGGCACUGCUCUCAUCCAUGUGCAAAGGGCGCCAUCAUUUGCCGUCGCACAAAGGCUUUGUGCUGACACAAGUCUUAGGGUUUCUAUUGGUGAUUGGUACAACCAGACACGUGGCCAGGACCAAGUGAUGAGAUGGGGAAUUGGUUUGUUUGGAUGGGCAACUCGACCUGCGAACGGCAACUUGGGCCCUCAAACUGUUCAUAGAUUACGAGCCGUAGCAAUCGUCAAUCGCCAGGAGGUAGCUCGAGGCUAUUUUCCUGCUGGGGCAUAUGUCAGUUCAAAUGCCAUUGAUCCUGACUACUUUAGCGAAGCGGCCGAAAGGCAUUGGGAGAAACAAGUCACGGAUGGUAUGCCCUUCCUGCAUAACCUGGUUAAACGCAAGCUCGCCCACGCGUAUGGCCUCCAACUGCCCGAUUCUGAGGAAGGCGAAGAAGUCGAAGACGACACAGAGGCUGCCGCUGCAGUAGCCAUCGCUCCUGUCACAGGGGUGCAGGCGUCCAACGCGAGCGCCGAAACCUCCACAGACACUCUGAUUGACGGACCAUUUGACGACGCCACACUCUUGUCGCUUGAAAACCUGGUGUUUGUCAAACCUACGCCGGCGGACAGAGCGGCCCACAAAAUAUCCACCCUACCCAAAAUGAUCUGUGCGAUGAUUGCCGUCGCGUGCAAUUGCAGAGCUAACGCAAUACCAUUAGCUAACGGGCUAAUGGCGUUGGCCAGUGGUGUUUCCUGCCGAGUCAACAAAUGGCUUCACGCGUUCGGCCUGACGACUUCGCGAACGAGCAUCCUCCAAGCUUUAGAUCGCCUCCGCGUACUUCAAGAGCAACGGUUAAUAGAUGUAUUCAAAGCCAACCAUAAACUGUUACCACUCUUAUGCUACGAUAACAUCGACAUCAACAUCAAGGUACACCACACCCGCGUGAACGCGUCCUCACGCAUGUUUCAUGGUACAUGGGGGUUCUACAUCGUAUUUCAAGCGGCGCUCCAGGCGAAAUGCGCCGAAGAUGCGGUCAACUUGCAGACCUUCUUGACGUCGAUGGCUUCGGCAUCUCGCAAACCGGUUCGUAUGAGCCUGUUUUCACCUGGGGUCAAAGAAAGUCAACAUUUCGUCGCCUUAGUUAAAGGUCAACUAGGUAAAGCGCUUCGCGAAUAUGCUCCAUUCAUUAUUGGUGAUGGUGUGGCAAAGUUUCCACCCAAACUUCAUACACGUGCCCCUGCAGUCGAACCAAUAGCCAUGCAUCAGGCAAAUAUACAUUUCCUGCGCAUGAUGGACGCACCCGAUAAUUCGGCCGAAGGGGUUUCUCGUGUGAUUGACUAG